AUGGCAUUUUUGCAAGCAGGUCGUAAAGUUGUGUUAUCUGUGGUACGGCAGUCUGGGGUCAAAUUGUUGCGAACAGCACCAGUGGCCUUGCAAGAAAGUCAUAAUCAGAAUGGAUUUCAUGGUUGGUGUUAUGAGCAGUUAUUUUCAAAUUAUUUCAGUAUGUUUUUUAGUUAAGAAACUGUAGACUGUCAGAACUCCUUAUUAUGACGUGAGAUUGGGGACAUAAUGGACAGCCGUUCUUUGUAGGGUGGGUAACCUCUUCGCUGGGUGGUUUGAACUAUCCUUGGUAGGGUGGUGUGGUUUCUUGUAGGGUGGGUUACUCUAGGUCAAGGUGGUUUUUCAAUUUCGUUGUAGGAUCGCCCUGUUCUUCGCAGGGUGGGUCACUUUACCGUAGGGUCACUGUGAAGGUCUAGUCACUUGCAGUGCAAAGGGAGUACCUUCAUUUCUCAGUUAUUUUAGAACCCUGAGUAUCGGUCUGGCCCCAGGAAUCAAACCCGCAACCUCUCACUCUGUAAUCACACGCUGUACCGACUGAACUAACACUGCCGCUGUUGUGCCUUAAAUUUAGCAAGUGCUCUGGGUUCCAAAAGAUUUUGCUUGUCACUUGAGAAAUAUAAUAGUUGUUUCUUUCUCUGUCUAGGUUUGGAAAACUGUUUUGUUUGGGAUGAUAAACAUGGUUUUGGCUACAACAAAGAUGGAGAAGUUGUCAUUGUUAAGCCAGAUAUAGAAGUUCCAAGCCAGAUGUUUAGUUCUGGUACAGCUGGUAGCUAUGACUACCAGCUUGAAACAAAGAGCUUUGGUCAAACAUGUGAGUAUAGUGAGCUUCUUCCUUAGUAAUGUUGUUUUAAAAUAAGAUAGGGAAAUCACCAAUGCAGGUGAAAGCUACUAUCGAGGUCCUAUCUGUUAAGACAAUAAUCAUGAAAUAGUAGCAGUCAAAUUUCCAUCAGAAAAGGAAGUGAAUAUAAUAACAAAUAACAAUAGCUCCCUGGACCAUGGAGGCAUGGGGUGCCAGAAGGAGCAGAAAAAAAAGUUGGAGGUGGUGUGAGUGUGUGUGUGGGUGUGGGUGCAGGUGCAAUGGGGGGAAAGGGGAGAGGGUGGGGGCAGAAGAAUGGAAGGGGAUGCCUGACAGUUAGUUAUGACAUUUUCUGAAUGAUGUUUAGCGACAUGAGGUGUAGCACCUUUAUUAGUCAGAAGCCUCUCAAUAGGAAAUUAUGACAGAUUUUUAGCAGAAUUGGUAUUUAAGGUGCAUCACAAUUAUGGGUGUAAAAUUAUUUCCCUUGCUUCUUAAGAAGUGUCCUCUCUAUAUACCUAUAUCAAAGCUUAUUAUGGCAGGAAAUCUAGAAUAUUCACAGUUGAAAUAUCAUUUCAAAUAAGUUUAACAGUAAUAAUUUAACUGGUUACACUAAUAUUGGUCAUCCUGUUUAUUGUUAGACAUGCCAGAUAUGAAGGAAGUGAAAGAAUUCCCCCCUCAACUAUUACAAGAUGAUUUUCUGUACUCAGAUUCAGAUGAUGAAAAUUUUCCUGCCUGUGCUGGUAGCAAAUUUUAA